GUCGAGGGUCCCAGCCUGCCGCCCGCGCAGCGAGAAGCUCGGGGCGAGGAUUUCCGCAGCCCUUUUGGCUCAAGCCGUUUGGCUCUAAAGACCCUCUGCUGCGCAGACCCCACCCGGCCGAGCUCGGCGCCAUGGCCGCGACGAGCAGUGCCGCCGCCGCGGCGCGGCCGGCCGACCCCGCCCGACUCGCCGGGUGGCUGGCGUCCCGGCGGGCGGCCACGCUCGAGCUGGCCGACGGCAGCGUCUUCGAGGGCUUCUCCUUCGGGUAUGGGGGAUCCACGACUGGCGAGGUCGUCUUCAACACGGGCAUGGUAGGGUACCCCGAGUCGCUCACGGACCCGUCGUACGCCGGGCAGAUCCUCGUGCUCACGUUCCCGCUGGUGGGGAACUACGGCGUGCCCGACGGCGAGGAGCGCGACGCGCUCGGCCUCCUUCGGCACUUCGAGAGCGAGAGGAUACACAUCAAGGCCCUCGUGGUCUCGGACUACUCCUUCGUGGCGUCCCACUACACGGCGAGGAGGACGCUGGGGCAGUGGCUCGAGGCGCACAAGAUCCCGGGCAUCUACGGUGUGGACACCCGCGCGCUGACCAAGCUCAUCCGCAUGCACGGCGCGCUGCUGGGCAAGGUCGUCGUGGAGGGCAGCGCGCCCUCGGCGUCCAUGGAGUUCUCGGACCCCAACGAGACGAACCUGGCGGCUACCGUCUCGCGCUCCCAGAAGCAGGUGUUCGUGCCCCCUCCGCGGGCGGCGGACGGCGCCGCGGCGCCGCUCGCCGAGGAGGCCGAGAAGCAGGUCACCAUCCUCGCCGUGGACUGCGGCAUGAAGAACAACAUCAUCCGAUACUUCGUGGAAUGCCUCCGCGUCAGGCUGGUCGUGGUGCCCUGGGACUACGAUUUUACAAAGGACGAGUUUGAUGGCCUAUUCUUGAGCAACGGACCUGGGAACCCCUUGAUGUGUGAGGUCACGAUCGGGCAUGUCCGCGAGGUCAUGCUGCGCCGGCCAACCUUGCCAAUAUUCGGCAUCUGUUUAGGCAAUCAGAUCCUGGGGCUGGCAUCUGGAGCCCAGACUUACAAGAUGAAGUUCGGCAAUCGCGGCAUGAACCAGCCCUGCGUGGACAUGCGCACCACGCGCUGCUACAUCACCCCGCAGAACCACGGCUUUGCCAUCGAUAACGCGUCGCUGGCAGACGGCUGGAUGCCGCUCAUGAUCAACGCCAACGACGGCAGCAACGAAGGAAUCAUCCACAGCGGCCGCCCAUGGUUCUCCGUGCAGUUCCACCCCGAGGCGUGCGGCGGCCCCACCGACACGGCGUUCCUCUUCCAUCAGUUCCUCAACAACAUAUCCAGCCCGACCCAGCUGGUGACCACGAUCCCGUACUCGCCCCCGAAAGUCUAUCGCAAGGUGCUCGUCCUCGGCUCGGGCGGGCUCACCAUCGGCCAGGCGGGCGAGUUCGACUACUCUGGCAGCCAGGCCAUCAAGGCCCUCCGCGAGUCGGGCGUGUUCUCCAUCGUGGUCAACCCCAACAUCGCGACCGUGCAGACCUCGUGGGGAUACGCCGACCGGGUGUACUUCCUGCCCGUCACCGUGGAGUUCGUCACGCAGGUGAUCCAGCGCGAGCGCCCCGACGGCAUCCUGUGCUCCUUCGGCGGCCAGACGGCGCUCAACUGCGGCAUCAGGCUCGAGGAGGAGGGCGUGCUGUCCAAGUACGACGUCAAGGUGCUGGGAACACCGAUCAAGGCAGUCAUCACGACUGAAGACCGCGAGCUGUUCGCCACGGCGGUGGACCACUGCGGAUACAAGGUUGCCGAGAGCGCCUGCUGCACGACCGCUGAGGAAGCUGUGGCCGCCGCGGCAAAGAUCGGCUAUCCGGUGCUGGUCCGGGCUGCCUUCGCCCUCGGCGGCCUCGGCAGCGGCUUCGCGACGGGAGAGGGCGAGCUGAGGCGCCUGGUGCAGGUGGCGCUGGUGAACAGCCCGCAGGUCAUCGUCGACAAGAGCUUGAAGGGCUGGAAGGAGCUCGAGUACGAGGUCGUGCGCGACGCAAAUGGCAACUGCAUCACGGUGUGCAACAUGGAGAACUUCGAUCCCAUGGGCAUCCACACGGGCGACUCCAUCGUCAUUGCCCCGUCGCAGACGCUCACGAACGCCGAGUACUUCAGACUGCGCGAGUGCGCUCUGAAGGUGGUGUGCCAUUUGGGUGUGGUGGGUGAGUGCAACAUCCAGUACGCGGUAGACCCGCACAGCCAGGAGUUCCGCAUCAUCGAGGUCAACGCACGCUUGUCGCGGAGCAGCGCGCUGGCGUCGAAGGCAACCGGGUACCCGCUCGCGUAUGUCGCCGCGAAGUUGGCCCUCGGUGGCGACCUGGUGAGCUUGCGCAACAGCGUCACCAAGUGCACGACCGCUUGCUUCGAGCCGAGCCUCGACUACAUUGUCGCGAAGGUUCCCCGCUGGGACCUGCGCAAGUUCUCGACGGUGGACCAGGAGGUCGGCAGCUGCAUGAAGAGCGUAGGAGAGGUGAUGUCCAUCGGGCGCACCUUCGAGGAGACCAUCCAGAAGGCUCUCCGCAUGGUCGACGAGGCCUGCAGGGGCUUCGACUCCGAGCGCUUCGACCUGGAGCUGGCCCACCGCGGCGAGGACGACACCGUGCACCUCGUCCGGGCAGAGCUGGUGAGGCCGACGCCGACGCGGGUGUGGGCCAUCGCGAAGGCCUUCGAGCUCGGCAUGGACGUGGAGGAGGUCCACCGCCUGACGCGCAUCGACCGCUGGUUCCUGUCGAAGCUCAUGAACGUCCACGCCGUCAAGCACGCGCUGCAGACCCUCGACCUCCCUGGCCUCGCGGCCAGCCCGCAGCUGCUCCGCGAGGCCAAGCGGUGCGGCUUCGCGGACCGCCAGAUUGCGCCCCUGCUGCACUUCCAGGACGGCGUGGGCGCGCACGGCAAGUGGGAGUACCACGGCGGCCCGGUGCACGACUACCACGUCCGCGCCCUGCGGAAGAGUGCGGGCAUCGUUCCCGUCGUGAAGCAGAUCGACACACUCGCGGCCGAGUUUCCAGCGCACACCAACUACCUCUACCUCACGUACAGCGGCAUCGAGAACGACGUGAACCUCGCCAGCCUCGGCUCUCAGGAGGAGGACACAAGCCAGCCGGAGGCUCCUAUCAUGGUCAUCGGCUGCGGCCCGUACCGCAUUGGCAGCAGUGUCGAGUUUGAUUGGUGCUCCGUGUCCUGCGUCAAGACGCUGCGAGGGCUCGGCAAGCGCGCAAUCAUCAUCAAUUGCAACCCAGAGACAGUGUCGACAGACUACGACGAAUCGGACCGUCUUUACUUCGACGAGCUCAGCCACGAAACCGUGCUCGACGUCGCCGAGAUGGAGCAGUGCGCCGGCAUGAUCGUGUCUGUCGGCGGGCAGAUACCCAACAACUUAGCCAUGCGGCUGCAUCAGGUCGGCGUCAAGAUCUUGGGCACAUCGGUUGAUUCAAUCGAUGCCUGCGAGAACAGGUUCAAGUUCAGUCAGCUCUGUGACGCUCUCCGCAUAGACCAGCCAGAGUGGUCCGAGUUCACGACCGUGGAGGAGGCCUUCUUUUUUUGCAAUCGCGUCAGCUUUCCCGUGCUGGUGCGUCCAUCUUACGUGCUCAGCGGAGCCGCCAUGCGAGUGGUGAACUCGGCGGGCGAAUUGGAGAGGUUUCUUCGGGCCGCGGCCGUUGUGAGCCGCGAGUACCCCGUGGUGGUGUCGAAGUACAUCGCGGGGGCCAAGGAGGUCGAGCUCGACGCCGUGGCUCAGAACGGAGUGAUGUUGAACUAUGCCAUCGCGGAGCACGUCGAGAACGCUGGCGUGCAUAGUGGGGACGCUUCUCUGCUCCUUCCAGCACAGAAACUAUUCGUGGAGACACAGCGCCGUGUUAAGCAGAUCGGGCAAAAACUUUGCAGGGAGUUGAACAUCUCGGGUCCGUUCAACAUCCAGUUCAUCUGCAAAGAGAAUGAUGUCAAGGUGAUCGAGUGCAACCUGCGCGCUUCCCGGUCUAUGCCUUUCAUUUCCAAGACCUACAACAUUAAUUUCAUCGAGCUCGCGACUCGGGUGUUCCUUGGCAUGCCUGUGCACCCCAAGCCAGUGCAGCCGAUGGACAUGGAGUACGUUGCGUGCAAGGCGCCCGUGUUCUCGUUCGGGCGGCUGAAGAACUCCGACCCGAGGCUUGGAGUGGAGAUGCAGUCUACUGGCGAGGUGGCGUGCUUCGGGGUGAACAAGUACGAAGCCUUCCUGAAGGCGAUGAUCGCCACCGGUUUCAAGCUUCCGGCCAAGAACAUUUUGGUAUCCAUCGGCCCGAGGUCGCAAAAGCAUGAGUUUUUGGAGGUCGCCGACUUGUUCGUGGCCAUGGGGUUCCAGUUGUAUGCAACAAAGGGCACUCACGAGGCUCUCAAGAACCACGGCAUCGAGUCCUGCGUCUUCACGUUCAAGGCGCGCGUGAAGAGGGAGCCGAAUGUGCUGACCUUGCUGCAGGGCGGCGCGCUCGACCUCGUCAUCAACGUGCCCGACGGCAUGGACUCGCAGGCGCUCACGGACGGCUUCGACAUCCGGCGGGCGGCCAUCGACAGCGGCACCUCCCUGAUCACCGACAUGAAGACGGCGGUGCUCACCGGCAUGGCGCUGCACCGGAAGUGGGUGCGGGAGACGUCCGGGAGGGCGUUCUGGUCCUACGGCUCCUGGCAGGAGUACACCGAGCCGGGCGACGUGCUGUCGGCGCACGGGGCCGCGCCACCGUGAGGUCCCCGGGGGCGAGGUCCUCUCCAGCCCGGCGGCCUGGGGGUCGCGGGCCCCGCUGGGCUGGCGGGGCCGUCGUGGGCGGCCGGCUCCAGGCCGCGGCGGUUGCGCAGCCGGGUCCGCGCUACGUUUCAUGUCUUGAGCGCACCUGGAGGGUCACCAGGCUCGCUCGCGGGCACUUUUUUGGGGCACCCUCCCUCCCCGUCUCCCUCCAGCCGCCCUCCCAGUCGUCCUCCUCGUCCUCCUCGUUAGGCCCUCCUGGCGUUGCUGCCAGGCUCCGCGGGGAGAGAUGCGCUUGAUUUGCCCACGUGGUGGCUAGGAUUCGUUGCCUAUUGGUGGGGCCAAUGCCAAGGCAGCUGCCAGCCCUGCUGCUGGAACCAGCGCAAAUCUCGGGUCUUGUCCUUUCUGCGCAUGGCGAGGGUGUGUACUGUACAUACAGUGUAUUCCAUUCAGGUGCAACGUGAUGGUUUACACGCAGGAGGCGGCCAUGCUCUGGGUAUAAAAAGAGCGGGGUGAGGGCUAGUUGUGCAGGUGGAUGUCAUGGCCGGGGCCAUGGAAACUCCGAGGUGUCAUGUCGUUGUUUGAUCCUUAUGAUUGC